AGAACACCGAAUUUUCAAUGACAGCCUUGAAUACAACCCGGUUUGUAUUCGCUUAAAAUACAGAUAACGCUGAGUUGUAGAUAAUACAGAACUUCAGUUACUGUAGCUAGCUAUCAUUGCAGUAUGAAGUGAGCACGGUCUUGUUGGAUUGAGAGGAUAAUAUUCACCGUGUUCUCCGGUAAGGAAAAAUCUAAAGCGUUAGCCACUUUCCCUUUCCCUGCUUCCUCAUCAGAACAUCUUGGCCUUAAUCGGCUAAACUAGGAAGUCCAGCAACAUCUCCGUUUGUUCCCCUUCAUAACAAUGUAAAAAAUAGCCAAAUCAUUUUGCAUACCGAUAGAUAUGCAGACUUGACAAUGCUAAAUGUCUGGCUAGUUUGCGAAAUUAGGGGGGGGGUCAUAAGCAAACUGGGUUAACUAACGUUAGCUGGCUAGCUAGCUAGAUAUGCUAUAUUCAAAGCUAGCCAGACCUAUCUUGGACUUUGCCCACUUAUCAGCGAUCAACCUCAAAUCAAACGAUUCCAGUUUUGUCUCUCAGUAGGGCCUGAAUCCCUUCCCUCUCCCUUCCACAUGACCACCCGUGGGCCUUUCUUAUGUAAUGUUGGUUAUCAUCACGAGAGCUUAUGAAUCACAACAACAAACACUACUGUUAAGCUAUUGUGUAGUUUAUUUUUAUUGCUUGCUAACGUUACACAUUCUUAUCCAUCUGCAAGAGGUCUCUUGUUUUUGCCUUUGUAGAGGAUUAAGGAGACUCCUGUGUACCAUAUGUUUAUAAUCUCACCAUUGCUUCUUUCACUUUCUUUUGCCAACUGUAGUGUACAGCCCUAAGAAAUGGAGACUCUUAUUCCCAUCAUCAACCGGCUCCAGGAAGUCUUCCUGACAGUGGGGGCAGAGAUCAUCCAGCUGCCUCAGAUAGUGGUGGUUGGCUCGCAGGUCAGUACAGAAUCAAAAUGCAAGAAUCAACUGUUGUUACCUGUUACACUGGGGAAUUGUGUCAUUGUUGAAAUGAACAUAUCAAAGUAUAAAUAAUAGCAAUGAAUCAUUCAUGUAGCUAAGUGUUGAAAAGCCUUUCUAAAAUCGAUCUCAUCUCUUCCCAUGACAGAGCAGCGGCAAGAGUUCUGUGUUGGAGAGCCUGGUUGGAAAGGAUUUUCUGCCCCGGGGAUCAGGCAUAGUCACACGGCGACCCCUAGUGUUGCAGCUGGUGAAUGUGCCCCCAUUGGCAGAGAGGAGGCUGCAAGAAAAUGGUAUGGACUUGACACAGAAACAGAUGUGAUUGUCACUUUAAAAGCUGCCUCAUGUUGCUUCUCGCUGAUACACUGGACACACUGAAACAAAUCAAAGCCAGUGCAGUCGACAUUUACUCAAUGAAUUUCAAUAUUAGCUCACAUUCAUGUAAUUUCACUCAUUGGAUAAAGCCCAAGUGGUCUUUGAGAUUUUCUCUCUUUUCUAACAUGAUAUUUACCAUCCCUUCUUCUUCACUUUUCUCAGGAAAUGGGGUAAAACAAAAUGCAAACAGCUACCCAGGUCUUUACUUCCAUAGUUUAUCUGCAUGGACCUGUUGCGUUGUCAUUCAUCUUAAUAUCGUCUUAUCAUCCUCAUCGUCUUUCAUUUCCUCUGUCUAAUCAUCACAUCAACUUACAAACUCUUUGUCUCUGUCAUAUUUUGUCUUCUAUACUGAUAAACCCCAUCAAAGUCUGUUUUUUAUGUGAUACGAAUAUUUCCUUUCUGUUUGCAUAUUAUUUUACACUCAAUCUUUUAUAUUUUGUCAAGGGAUCAAGGCUGAUGAAUGGGGCACGUUCCUCCAUAGCAAGAACCAGGUAUGUGGCAACGUCUACGCUAUGCACAAAUCAAUUUUAUUGUUAUGCACUGCACAUUGAGUAUUUCAUAUUUGCAGUAGGGCAUUACAUUGUCUGAGAGACUUGGUACUGUAUCUCCUAACGUCAUGGUGCUAGUGGUGUUGGUGAAGUCGAUAUUUCAGUAUCCCAUCUGUGUUUGCAUUAUAGAUUUUCACAGAUUUCCUGGAGAUUCGCAAGGAGAUUGAAGAAGAGACUGAGCGUAGCUCAGGCGGCAACAAGGUAUGUAUACAUUGUUGUAGAUAAACAUGGCUUAUCUCCAGUUUAUGAGUUACUGAUUUACUUUAUCUGCUUCUCUCUCGUGGCCUAUAGGGAAUCAGCCCUGAGCCCAUCUAUUUGAAGAUUUUCUCUCCUCAUGUCCUCAAUCUCACACUGGUUGACUUGCCAGGAAUAACCAAGGUAAACCCAACCAGUGUGUUAAUCCCACUAACUUGAAAAUGAACAACUAUGGUGUUCCUCAUGGUAAAAUUAAUACCAUUACUCAUUGAAAAUAAAUGUGUAUAAAUGUAUGCACGCAUGACUGUAAGUCGCUUUGGAUAAAAGCGUCUGCUAAAUGGCAUAUUAUAUUUAUAUAUUAUUAUUAUAUUAUAUUACUAGGUUCCGGUUGGAGACCAGCCAGAGGACAUAGAAGCUCAAGUCCAAGAGAUGAUCCUAUCCUUCAUCUCCAACCCCAACUCCCUUAUCCUCUCAGUGUCUCCUGCCAACUCUGACUUGGCCACCUCUGAUGCCCUCAAACUGGCCCGUGAGGUUGACCCAGAUGGUGAGGCAUACUGUACACUUAUGCUCCUUCAUAUUUCACUGCAUGUCUUUUCAGUGUAUACAGUGCAUUCGGAAAGUAUUCAGACCCCUUGACCUUUUCCACAUUUUGUUACGUUACAGCUUUAUUCUAAAAUUGAUUAAAUACAUGUUUUCCUGCAUCAAUCUACACACAAUACCCCAUAACGACGAGGCGAAAAUAGGUUUUUUAAAAAUGUUUGCAAAUUUAUUUAAAAAAACAGAAAUACCUUAUUUACAUAAGUAUUCAGAUUCUUUGCUAUGAGCCUCGAAAUUGAGCUUAGGUGCAUCCUGUUUCCAUUGAUCGUUACAUUUUAGAUCAUCCUUGAGAUGUUUCUACAACUUGAUUGGAGUCCACCUGUGGUAAAUUCAAUUGAUUGGACAUGAUUUGGAAAGGCACACACCUGUCUAUAUAAGGUCCCACAGUUGCAAAAACCAAGCCAUGAGGUCGAAGGAAUUGUCCGUAGAGCUCAGAGACAGGAUUGUGUCGAGGCACAGAUCUGGGGAAGGGUACCAACACAUUUCUGCAGCAUUGAAGGUCCCCAAGAACACAGUGGCCUCCAUCAUUCUUAAAUGGAACAAGUUUGGAACCACCAAGACUCUACCUAGAGCUGGCUGCCCGGCCAAACUGAGCAAUCGGGGGUGAAGGGCCUUGGUCAGAGAGGUGACCAAGAAUCUGAUGGUCACUCUAACAGCUCUAGAGUUCCUCUGUGGAGAUGGGAGAACCUUCCAGAAGGACAACCAUCUCUGCAGCACUCCACCAAUCAGGCCUUUAUGGUAGAGUGGCCAGACGGAUGCCACUCCUCAGUAAAAGGCACAUGACAGCCCGCUUGGAGUUUGCCAAAAGGCACCUAAAGCACUCUGACCAUGAGAAACCAGAUUGUCUGGUCUCAUAAAACCAAGAUUGAACUCUUUGGCCUGAAUGCCAAGCGUCACGUCUGGAGGAAACCUGGCACCAUGCCUACGGUGAAGGUGUUGGCAGCAUCAUUCUGUAGGGAUGUUUUUCAGCGGCAGGGACUGGGAGACUAGUCAGGAUCGAGGGAAAGAUGAACAGAGCAAAGUACAAAGAAAUCCUUGAUUAAAAACCUGCGUCAGAGUGCUCAGGACCUCAAACUGGGGCGAAGGUUCACCUUCCAACAGGACAACGACCCUAAGCACACAGCCAAGACAAUGCAGGAGUGGCUUCGGGACAAGUCUCUGAAUGUCCUUGAGUGACCCAGCCAGAGCCCGGACAUGAACCCGAUCGAACAUCUCUGGAGAGACCUGAAAAUAGCUGUGCAGCGACGCUCCCCAUCCAACCUGACAGAGCUUGAAAGGAUCUGCAGAGAAGAAUGGGAGAAACUUCCCAAAUACAGGUGUGCCAAGCUUGUAGGGUCAUACCCAAGAAGACGGGAGGCUGUAAUCGCUGCCAAAGGUGCUUCAACAAAGUACUGAGAAAAGGGUCUGAAUACUUAUGUAAAUGUCAUAUUUCAGUUUUUAAUUUGUAAUAAAUUAGUAAACAUUUCUAAACCUGUUUUUGCAUUGUCAUUAUUGCGGUAUUGUGUGCAGAUUGAGGGAAAAAAUACUAUUUUAAUAAAUUUUAGAAUAAGGCUGUAAUGUAACAAAAUGUGGAAAAAGUCAAGGGGUCUGAAUACUUUCCGAAUGCACUGGAUGUAUUUUUCAGGGUGUCCGCGGGUCCUUAAAAAGUCUUAAAUUCAUUUAUCUGAUUUUAAAUGCCUUAGUUCUGUUUUCAAAGGUCUUAAAAGUUUACUACAGUGUUUCUGUGAUAUUGUGUCGUUGCUUAAUUUAUUUAUUUUUUACAUCAAAUAAUAGUCAAGGCGCACUUUCCAGAGCUUUCCAACCACAUGUGCGCCUCUGUGUGUGAACGUUAUGUGCGUGUGCCAGCGUGAGUCGGGUGGUUGCCAGAGGAGAGGGAGGAAAGCGCAAGGUAGCCUAUACAAUUUGAGAGACAACACUAACUAGAGCUGGGACAAUAAACAGACACCGACAUUGCCCUUCUCCUACCGACGCAAUUUGGCUUACGUCGGUAAUUUCAGUGAUUAGGCUACACAACGUUCCUGCAGAUGUUUUGGUUCUAAAACCAUUAUUUAGUCAACAGUAAUGUGCAUUAACCUGCUUCCUGCAAUGAAAGUAUCUGCCCUGUCCCUGUUUCGCUGCUGGUUCUCACUCCCUCCCUCCACUUUGCGCACGGAGUGAAGGGAAAGAUGCAUUCUGAUAAGUGCAAGCAUACUGACAGUUGAGCAACAUUUCUAAAAUGUAAUUGUGGGAAAGACAGUUUUUAAAACUGUUAAUGUUGUUAAAAACGUGGAGUCUCAGCUUUGAGAGUAUAACAAUUAUUUCUUAACUGUCAAUAUAGAGGAAAUAACACCACUUUACAAACGGAGUAGGUUAUGUAAUUGAGAUGAUGCAGAACGGAGCGGAGAGCGCCAUUUGCGGUUAAUACAUCAAGUAGCCUAUAUACAGUGGGGAGAACAAGUAUUUGAUACACUGCCGAUUUUGCAGGUUUUCCUACUUACAAAGCAUGUAGAGGUCUGUAAUUUUUUAUCAUAGGUACACUUCAACUGUGAGAGACGGAAUCUAAAACAAAAAUCCAGAAAAUCACAUUGUAUGAUUUUUAAGUAAUUAAUUUGCAUUUUAUUGCAUGACAUAAGUAUUUGAUCACCUACCAACCAGGAAGAAUUCCGGCUCUCACAGACCUGUUAGUUUUUCUUUAAGAAGCCCUCCUAUUCUCCACUCAUUUACCUGUAUUAACUGCACCUGUUUGAACUCGUUACCUGUAUAAAAGACACCUGUCCACACACUCAAUCAAACAGACUCCAACCUCUCCACAAUGGCCAAGACCAGAGAGCUGUGUAAGGCUGGGAUGGGCUACAGGACAAUAGGCAAGCAGCUUGGUGAGAAGGCAACAACUGUUGGCGCAAUUAUUAGAAAAUGGAAGAAGUUCAAGAUGACGGUCAAUCACCCUCGGUCUGGGGCUCCAUGCAAGAUAUCACCUCGUGGGGCAUCAAUGAUCAUGAGGAAGGUGAGGGAUCAGCCCAGAACUACACGGCAGGACCUGGUCAAUGACCUGAAGAGAGCUGGGACCACAUUCUCAAAGAAAACCAUUAGUAGCACACUACGCCGUCAUGGAUUAAAAUCCUGCAGCGCACGCAAGGUGGCUGGGUCUUCCAGCAUGACAACGACCCGAAACACACAGCCAGGGCAACUAAGGAGUUGCUCCGUAAGAAGCAUCUCAAGGUCCUGGAGUGGCCUAGCCAGUCUCCAAACCUGAACCCAAUAGAAAGUCUUUGGAGGGAGCUGAAAGUCCGUAUUGCCCAGCGACAGCCCCGAAACCUGAAGGAUCUGGAGAAGGUCUGUAUGGAGGAGUGGGCCAAAAUCCCUGCUGUAGUGUGUGCAAACCUGGUCAAGACCUACAGGAAACGUAUGAUCUCUGUAAUUGCAAACAAAGGUUUCUGUACCAAAUAUUAAAUUCUGCUUUUCUGAUGUAUCAAAUACUUAUGUCAUGCAAUAAAAUGCAAAUUAAUUACUUAAAAAUCAUACAAUGUGAUUUUCUAGAUUUUUGUUUUAGAUUCCGUCUCUUACAGUUGAAGUGUACCUAUGAUAAAAAUUACAGACCUCUACAUGCUUUGUAAGUAGGAAAACCUGCAAAAUCGGCAGUGUAUCAAAUACUUGUUCUCCCCACUGUAGGCACACAAUGUAAUGUUUUUGUAGGACAUAAAAUGUACUGUUAAAUCCAUUGUAUGGCAAUCUAGCAACAAUAUCAUAUUUAGAGUUAGCAAUCUAGCUAAGGUUUUUUGAGUUCCUACUUCCUGCGGCGGUAAAUUAUGUAGCAUAGCCUAGGGCAGGGUUCUUCAAUUCCGGUCCUAGAAGGCCGAAACACUUCUGUUUUUUAUUUCUACCUGGUAGUUAAUUGCACUCACCUGGUGUCCCAGGUCUGAAUUAGCCCCUGAUUAGAAGGAGAGGAUGGAAAAACAGAGGUGUUUCGGCCCUCCAGGCCGGGAAUUGAAGAACCCUGGCCUAGGGCCUUGGACAAUAUGCACAAAAAACAUGCAGGCAAAUUAAUCUCGAAAGAUCCAAAAAGAUAUCUGAUUAUUCUGGAUUCUAUUUUGGCAUGUUGCACAUCAAUAUAUUCAUUAUGCAUUCCCUGAACAUGUUAGAUGAAAUAGCUAACUUCUUUCACGUCUUACAUGGCACUGUCAGUUCUAGAGCCCUCUUGCUUAGCUACCUUGCUCGUAAGUAUAGCCAUUUGAUACCUGAUUCACUGAAAAGGGGAAUUCUUUUCUUAGACUUUUUGGUUGUAGGCUAAUGUUCUAAUGUUAUAGCAUAAUACCUCCAAGAGAGCUACUGGAUGUGUAGACUUUUGUUCCAGCCCUACUCUUAACACACCAGACUUUACAAAUCAACUGCUCAACAGGACCUUGUUAAGCUGACUGUGUGUUUGAGCAGUGCUGGAUCAAAAGCCUGCUCACCUAUUGCCCUAGCUCCCCAGCUGGAGAGUUGACCACGUGUUUUAUACAGUAACGGUUCUGUAUAUUUAACUUUAAGGCAUUUUUUCACAGUGGUAUCAUUAUGGUAUUGAGUAUCACUAUACUAAUCUGGUAUUGGUAUCAAAGGCAAAAUUCUAAACACUUAGAGUUUGUGAUCUAGCUAAUUAUGUCAUUGGGGUAUCCUAAACAAAUGCAGAUGGGCAACCCCAUGCUUCAGCCAUCUAUUGCCUAGCCGCUAUGCUAUUACAUCCGUUAGGCUACAGGAGAAUGCUCAUUGCUAAAAUAGCACACCUGCUUGAUAAUAUGAGCCAUGUAGGAUAUAGCCUUUGGUGAAAGAACCAGCCCUAAAAAUACUACUUUUUGCCAACAUGGGCUCAUUUCUGGAGAGGAAUAUUAGCAGGUGUGUGGUGCAAGCAUAUUUCAAAUUUGAAAUAAUUUGCAUUCCAAGUGGCAUUAAAAAUGUAAUUAAACUUCAUGGAACCUGCAGAUACCCUGUUUGUUCAUUGAUAUACAUGUGUUAAAUGUCAAUAAACAUGGUCAAUGUUACUUUCUAGGUUUGAUCUAUAUACACAAAACAUUUUAGAUUACAUAAUGAAAUGUGCCAUUCAAGUGCUGUUAUUGUGUGUGUAUAUAUAGAAAGAGCCAUGGACAAAAAGGGGUGUGUCUUUACCCAGCUGUUGUGUCUUGCAGGCCGCAGAACACUGCUGGUGGUCAGUAAGCUGGACCUGAUGGAUGCAGGGACAGAUGCUUUGGAGGUCUUGCUGGGUCGGGUCAUUCCAGUGCGGCUCGGAAUUGUGGGAGUGGUCAACAGGUUUGUCCAUAUGGCUAUAACAUAUCUAACAUAUUUACCUAAUUCUUACUGGAUGAUGUCACCUCGGUGCUUAAAAAGAUGAAGCCCCAUAGCAGUGAAAGAUGGCAUAAUUAGACCAAUGUAUCACAUCUGAUUUGAGUAUAAAGGAUCUGAAUCAUUAUGGUCGUUAAAUUAACUCAAGUACCCUCAGAGACCUUAUAAAUAUAAACAACAAAUAUUCCGAUGUCCCUGCUAUUCACCAGCUCAAUUUGUUUGCAUCCGCCAAACAAUCAUUCAGCAAUUAGAGCUUUAUCUCUCCCCACUUUGAGAUCGUUCUCACACAUCCUGCUGAAAUAAUGUGUGCAAUGUCUUACUCAUUGUGCUCCAGCACAGGGCUGAUGUAUGAGUUAUGUGAGUGAUUUUUCGCCAAGGGUGCAGAAUUGCAAAAAAAACGAUAUAUAUGCCCCUCCGAGGCUGAAAUGAUUAGUAAUUUUCAGAAGUCAUUUCACUGAGCAGAGACAAUCUAGUUCAACCGACAGCUCACACUAGUAAUCAUAGCAACCACCAGGGAAGGCUGUCUGAAGUCAAUAGGGGCCUCAGCCUAGCACAUUCCUCCAGAGUGCUAAAGAUUAGUUUUAAGGAAACGGCUACAGUAACCUCCUGCAUCCUAUUUGGGUGUAUAAUUUCCUGCUAUGCUGGAGCUGGUGACCAUCUGAUCAUGCAGAGCCACUGUGGAGUCUUCUGUAACUCCAGCUGUCAUCCUCCAUGUCUCUCCCUGCUAGGAGCCAGCAUGACAUCAACACCCAGAAGAGCAUAGAGGACACGGCACGGGACGAGCAGGCCUUCCUCCAGCGCCACUACCCAUCUCUGGCCUCCCGCUGCGGCUCCCGCUACCUGGCCCGCACCCUGAGCCGCCUGCUCAUGCACCACAUCAGGGACUGCUUGCCGGAGCUGAAGAGGCGUGUGACGGUGUUGAGUGCCCAGUACCAGGCCCGGCUCAGCAGCUACGGCCAGCCUGUAGAGGACCACAGCGCUACCCUGCUACAGAUCGUUACCAAGUUCGCCAGCGACUACUGCAACACCAUCGAGGGCACCGCCACGCACAUCCAGACAUCUGAGCUGUGAGUAGUUCUGAACUACUUUAGGCUACUUUAUCCAGGCACCAGUUAUCUUUCAGUAUUUUAUAUUGUAUUGGAGCAACUCCUCAUUGACCACCAAAUAUUUAGCAACCACCUAGAUGGUGCAUAGCAGACAUUUUGUGACAGAAAACUCACCACACAAUGGUUAUUGUUCUGCUGAAUGCGUUUCACUUAGGCAGGCGGUUAUUGUAAUUUUGUAGGUGUUCAUGUAUUGGCAUUUAAUAUUUUGUAGGUUCAUUUCAAUAGCUCUUGUACUGCUCACUGAUUUUAUUGAUUUCCUCAAGCAGUGGGAAGCAAGUAUUGACUCAGUCUGGCUGACUGCAUUUGAUGUUGACAACCCUCGGAUACAGCCACUGAUUCUGCUUCCUCUGUCCUCCCCUGUCAGCUGCGGGGGGGCUCGGAUCUGCUACAUAUUCCAUGAGACCUUUGGCCGCACUCUUCAGUCUAUCGACCCCCUGGGGGGCUUGACGGAGCUCGAUAUCCUCACUGCAAUCCGCAAUGCUACGGUAAUAACCAUCAGCUCCAAUCGCAUUGUCUGUGUGUAGGUUAAACAGACGUCUUUGAAUAGUUUUCCAAUGAAGCUAAUGUCUGUAGAGAAUCACGAGUUAUGUUAAUAGAGAUGUGUGUUGUGCUGUGCUGCAGGGUCCACGGCCGGCCCUCUUUGUACCUGAGAUCUCCUUUGAGCUGCUGGUGAAGAGGCAGAUCAAGCGUCUGGAGGAGCCCAGUCUGCGCUGUGUGGAGCUGGUCCACGAGGAGCUGCAGAGGAUCAUCCAGCACUGCUCCUCCUACAGCACACAGGUAUGCUACACACUGCACAACACAUACUACAAAGCAUACACUUCGUAUGUUUGACAACCCUGAAUCAAAUUGUAAUAUAAUAGUGUCUCUGUAUGUAUCCUGACAUGCUGUGUGUUUGUCAGGAGCUCCUUCGGUUUCCUAAGCUGCACGACUCCAUUGUGGAGGUGGUAACUAGUUUACUCAGGAAGCGCUUGCCCAUUACUAAUGACAUGGUAAGACAAUUUGUUUUUGUGAAUUUACAUUUUCAGUUCAUUUUUUUGUACAAAACAAUCCUGAAUAUAAUUAUUUUACAAUUUAGUGCUAUUCCUUACUGGCAGCCUGUCUGUGUUCGUGGAUGAUUCUGAGCACCUAUCUGUUUCAGGUCCACAACUUGGUUCAAAUUGAGCUCGCUUACAUCAACACAAAGCACCCAGACUUCACCGAUGCUGCUCAGGUCUCAGCAUCUGUCAACAGUCAACAGGUAAUUCAGUCUCAACUCAAAGCACAUGCUCUGCUUUCAUGCAUGUAGAUGAGCCUAAUGUUGACCAGAGGGUUCUAGAGUCUGAUGCUGUCUUCUCAUGCCAGUAUGGACAUCACACUUUUGAGGAAUUUCAAUAAGCCAGUUGUGACUUUAACACGAUACCAGAACAACUCAAUUGAAUUGACCCCCUCAUUUCACCUAUUUUAGGGCAUGCAGGAUGGAGAUAAACACUGGAAGAAUGAGAAAGUUGCAGAGGAGAAGGCACCAGUGGCAGGUUUCAGCAGCCCUGUUAAGGGCCAGGCCAUCAACCUCCUGGACACAGUGAGUAGUGGAAUCAGCAGUCAGAACUGACCAAGCACUACCCUGUAGCGCAGCACUGUAUCUGAUUAGAUCUGUGACAGAUUGUAACAUCUGACCCCUGCUCUGUUUGCCAGGCAGUGCCGGUGUCCCGCAAGCUGAGUGCCCGGGAGCAGAGAGACUGUGAGGUCAUCCAACGCCUCAUCAAAUGCUACUUCCUCAUCGUCCGCAAGAGCAUUCAGGACAGGUCAGAGACCAGAGCUCUAGGGGUGUUGUUAUUUGGGUAUGCAGUUAGUGGUGAGUUGAGCCUUCUCUGGCCUAGCUAACUGUGUGUCUUGUGACCUGUGUUUCUGCAGUGUGCCCAAGACGGUGAUGCACUUCCUGGUGAACUUUGUGAAGGAGCGUCUGCAGAGUGAGCUGGUGGGCCAGCUGUACAAACAGAACCUGCUGCAGGGGCUGCUCAUCGAGUCCCAAGACACAGCACAACAGAGGACAGAGGUGGCCCAGAUGCUGGAGGUACGAGUUCUACUGGUACCCCUACUCUUACUGGGUGUAGACUCUGAUGAACUUUGUGUUGUACUUUCUGUUUCUCCAUUUAACACCGGUAUCCUUAUCGCUCUCUUUUCUUCCAUUUUCUCCUUCCUCAGGCUCUCCAAAAAGCCAGCAACAUCAUCUCGGAGAUCCGGGAGACACACCUGUGGUAG